AUGAUCUCUACAUGGACUAAUAUUACUAAAUCACCAAUAUCAUUACACAAAAAAACAGUUGUUUUUAAGACCAAUCCUUAAUUCUCUUUAACUCCAGAAUAAUUUAAGUCAAAACUUAAUAUACGAUAACAAAUUACAUUUAAUCAAAUACCUUCUCCAAUCACAUCAUUAAAGAAAAUACCUAUAACUCUAAACAAAAAAAAAAGUAGAGUUGAUGAUCCAUUGCUUUUAUAUAGUCCUUUGAUUCUUGGAAGUCCAGUUCCUAAAGGAUUUAAGAAAUUUUUAGAUGGAGAAGUCGAUUCAUGUGAAAUGCUUAAAUCUUAAGUUAAAUAAAAUAAUCGAUAAAAUGAUGUUAUUGCUUUUAGUGCAAGAAAAUCUAAAAUGAAAAGAGGAAAAACUAUUUACAUUAAAAACUAAAAAGAAAAUGAAGAUCUGGCUCAUUCAUAGUUAAAAAAGCUAUAAAAAAUGAUUGAAACCAAGAUUCUCAAAAAAUAAUUACAAACUAAUUGUGAACAAUAGAAAAAAUCUCAAAUCAUAAAUAUUAUUUAAGAAAAGAAACCUAUCCAGCUAUCAAGCAAUAUCAAAAAAUUUAAAUAAAUGUAAAUGCUAUUUAUACCAAAGAAUCCUAUUGAACAAGAUCAUGAGACAUUGAGUUAUUCAAAACUUAAAACUAUUAAUGAAUCAAACGAUUUGAUGAAAUAAUUAUAAGAUGAGUAAACUCUAAGAAAUUACAAUAAAUCCAUUAUUAGAGAUAAAGAUAAAAAAUUUAUGAAAUAAUUUAAAAGAGAUAAAAAUAUUAAUCAAUUCAAAAAUAUUGAAUAUUAUCCUUAAGAACAAACAAUAUUAUCUUAAAAAGAUGCAGAUUUGUUUAAUUAUUUAAGAGAAAAAAACUGUAUUGAUGGGAGAUCCAUAUAUUCCAAUUAAUAAGGUAUUUUACUUAUUUUUAUUCAGCAUCAAAAUCAUCUUAAUCUACUCGAAGGAGCAAUCUAUCAAAUCAUAGAAAAAGAUAACCCUUAGGAUAAUAGAAAAUUAAGCCUAACUAAUAAGAUAAUGAUAGCUGUAUAUCUGCUGAUUUAUCUUUAUAAUCUGUUUACGAAUACUUUUUAGACGAUUUAUAUUCAGAAUAAAAAAAGCUUGAAACUAAACUUAAUUUUUAAUAAGCAUUUAAUGCUGAUCUUGAUAAGCAAAUGAAAACAAUCAAUAAAAUGAAAAACAUAAAUUCCCGAGUAAUUGAUUGUUCCUUAAAUAAAUUAUUCGAAAAUUUAUGA